AUGUCUUUCGGUGGCCAAACACCCACUAUCAUUGUGCUGAAAGAGGGCACGGAUUCGUCCCAAGGAAAAGGUCAAAUCGUUUCGAAUAUCAAUGCUUGUCUAGCUGUUCAGGCCACGAUACGGAGUACGUUGGGUCCAUAUGGAGGGGAUUUGUUGCUGGUAGAUGAGAAUGGCAGACAAACAAUUACAAAUGAUGGCGCAACUCUUCUCGAUAUCGUACACCCCGCUGCGCGAAUCCUUACAGAUAUUGCAAGAUCACAAGAUGCUGAGGUCGGAGAUGGAACUACAUCCGUUGUUGUGCUAGCCGGUGAGAUUUUGAAGGAAAUCAAAGAACAUGUUGAGCAAGGAGUCAGCUCGCAAACUAUUAUCAAGGGCCUACGGAGAGCUUCUGGCAUGGCUGUGAACAAGGUCAAAGAGAUUGCGGUCAAUACCAGUGAAGGCAACAAGAGAGAGACCCUGAGCAAAUUAGCUGGUACAGCGAUGAGCAGCAAGUUGAUCAAGAGAAAUACUGGCUUUUUCACAAAGAUGGUUGUUGACGCAGUUCUCUCACUCGACCAAGAAGACCUCAACGAAAAGCUCAUCGGUGUCAAGAAAAUCCCCGGUGGCUCCCUCACAGAUUCCCUCUUCGUUAACGGGGUAGCAUUCAAGAAGACGUUCUCCUACGCCGGAUUUGAGCAACAACCCAAGCACUUCACGAACCCCAAGAUCGUCUGCUUAAACGUCGAACUCGAGCUCAAGUCUGAGAAAGACAACGCCGAAGUGCGAGUCGAGCAAGUCUCCGAAUACCAAGCCAUUGUCGAUGCAGAAUGGCAAAUCAUUUACAACAAGAUGGAAGCCCUCUACAAAACCGGCGCCAAGGUCGUCCUCUCGAAACUCCCCAUCGGAGAUCUCGCAACCCAAUACUUUGCAGACCGCGACAUCUUCUGCGCCGGCCGUGUCGCUACAGAUGAUCUCGAGCGUGUCAUCCAAGCAACUGGUGGCUCCAUCCAAUCUACCUGCUCUGACAUCCACCCCGAGCACCUCGGUACAUGCGGCUCCUUCGACGAGCGCCAAAUCGGCGGAGAGCGCUUCAACUUCUUCGAGGACUGCCCCGCAGCCAAAACCUGCACUCUAAUGCUACGUGGAGGAGCAGAGCAAUUCAUCGCGGAAGUGGAACGCUCUCUUCACGACGCUAUCAUGAUUGUAAAGCGCGCCAUCAAGAACAAUACCAUUGUCGCCGGAGGUGGGGCUUGUGAGAUGGAAGUCUCAGCCUACCUACACCGGUACGCCGACAAGAAUGUCCCACACAAGCAGCAAGCGAUCAUCAAGUCGUUCGCCAAAGCGCUCGAAGUCAUUCCGCGCCAGCUGUGCGACAACGCCGGGUUUGACGCUACGGACAUCCUGAACAAGCUGCGUGUGGAGCAUAGAAAGGGAAAUGUCUGGGCUGGUGUUGAUUUCGAUAACGAGGGUGUCAGGGAUAACCUUGAGGCGUUUGUGUGGGAGCCGGCGUUGGUGAAGAUUAAUGCUAUCCAGGCGGCGACGGAGGCUAGUUGUUUGAUUUUGAGUGUUGAUGAGACGAUUAAGAAUGAGGAGAGUGCGGCGCCACAAGCUCCUCAACGUGGAUUACCGCCUGGAGCUGCCCAACGGGCGAUUAGGGGUAGAGGAAGAGGUAUGCCGAGAAGAUAA